AAAGUCACAGACAAGAGAGAACACAAGCAGCACGUACUGAUCGCACGAGCGCGCUGGGUCACCACCAUGUGUGUUACUGCGUGCAAGACCGCGAGUAGAAAGUAGAGAAAGAUCGAGGGACGAUGAAGGUUGACGUGGUGGAGACGACGCUGGUGGCGCCAAGCGAGGACACGCCACGGCGGGAGCUGUGGCUGUCCAACCUCGAUCUAGCCGUGCCCAGGACGCACACGCCGCUCGUCUACUACUACCCGGUGCCGGCGACGCCUGCGCCUGAGCCUGCUGGAGCCGUAGGGGAGGGCUUCUUCGCGCCGGAGCGGCUCAAGGCGGCGCUGGCGAGGGCGCUGGUGCCGUUCUACCCGCUGGCCGGGCGGCUCGGCGUGGGCGAGGGCGGGAGGCUGCAGAUCGACUGCAACGGCGAGGGCGCGCUCUUCGUCGUCGCCAGGGCGGACUUCGCCGGUGAGGAGCUCUUCCAGGACUACGAGCCGUCGCCGGAGACCCGGCGGAUGUUCGUGCCAUUCGUGCCGUCCGGCGAGCCGCCCUGCAUCAUGGCCAUGUUUCAGGUGACGUUCCUCAAGGGCGGCGGCGUGGUGCUGGGCACGGGCAUCCACCACGUGACCAUGGACGGCAUGGGCGCGUUCCACUUCAUCCAGACCUGGACGGGGCUGGCCCGCGGCCUCGAUGCAGCCGAGGCGUGUGGAUCGCUGCCGUUCCACGACCGGACCCUCCUCCGAGCGCGCUCCCCGCCGACCCCGGCCUUCGACCACCCCGUCUACUCGCUGGCGUUGCUCAACGGCUGCCCCCGGCCCUUCGUCACACGCGUCUACUCCGUGGCCCCGAAGCUCCUCGCCGACCUCAAGUCCCACUGCGCGCCCGGCGUGUCCACCUACUGCGCCGUCACCGCGCACCUCUGGCGCUGCAUGUGCGUCGCGCGCGGUCUCGCCCCGGCCUCGGACACGCGGCUCCGCGUGCCGGCCAACAUUCGCCACCGCCUGCGCCCGCCGCUCCCGCGCAGCUACUUCGGCAACGCCAUCGUGCGCGACCUCGUGACCACCCGGGUGGAGGACGUCCUGGCCCGCCCGCUCGGGUUCGUGGCACAGGCAAUCAAGGACGCCGUGGACCGCGUGGACGACGUGUACGUGCGCUCCGUGGUGGACUACCUGGAGGUGGAGUCGGAGAAGGGCAGCCAGGCGGCGCGCGGGCAGCUCAUGCCGGAGUCCGACCUGUGGGUGGUGAGCUGGCUGGGGAUGCCCAUGUACGACGCCGACUUCGGCUGGGGCACGCCGCGGUUCGUGGCGCCGGCGCAGAUGUUCGGCAGUGGCACGGCGUACGUGACGCAGCGCGCCGACAUGGACGAAGGCGUCGCCGUACUCUUUGGCCUGGAGCCUGAGUACCUGCAGUGCUUCGAGAAGGUCUUCUACAGGGAAUGAGAUCAUCACCACUGGAGUCUUUUUUUUUUCGACGAAUACAUUUUUGUACUGUGUUUACUUUUCAGUUUGGAAGUGCAUGUGUAGCUAUGUUCAAACAGCUUUUCUUAUGUUUCUCU